UGCGCCGACACUUGGACACACUGCACAGUGCAUUCGCGCCCUCCCGAGAGAACCGUUCUCGUACCCCGCGCCUAUUCCUAGCAUCGAAGUUUUCUAGAAGGCAAGCGCUGGUGCAUCGUACCUGCAGUUAUCCGCCCCGGAACCAACGACCGAGCUGCCCCUUCUCUGGCUGCGAACAGAGCAUCCGCGCAACGGCAACAUGGCACAGACGGGCAUGCACAAUCUGCAGACGCUUAUUAAAAGGCUCGAAGCUGCCACCAGCAGACUCGAAGACAUAGCAUCCACUUCGGCCGGAUUCGAAGCGGGCACCCCCAACGGAAGCCCCGCGCCACCACCUGCUGCCGCCGGCGCCGCAACGAGCGCCGCGCCCCCGGCCAAAGCUGUUGAGAGCUUGCCCCCCUCCGUCGAGGCCUUCGAUGCCAUCAUCAACGCCGACCUGAAGCCGUGGCUCGAGCUGAGCAGCAAGCUGGGCAAUGUCAUCGACGGCCAGGCCAAAGCUGUCCAGCAGGCCUUCACGGCCCAGCGGGACUUCCUCUUCAUUGCGGCCAAGGCGAAGAAGCCGGAUAUUUCCACCAACACAGAGAUCCUGAAGCAUCUGCAGGCCGCCAUAGGAGAGGUCGACGAGAUCCGCCAGGGCAACCGCGACCGCGCGCUACAGAACCCAUUGACCAUGGUGGCCGACAGUGCCUGGGCUCUGGGCUGGGUCACCGUCGAGGGCAGCCCGAAGCCGCAUGAGUACCUCAACGAGCUUUUUGGCGGUGCUCAGAUGGCUGGAAACAAGGUUCUCACGGAGCACAAGGACGGCCCGGACAAGACGUACGCCGAAUGGGUCCGCGCAUACUACAAGCUCUUCAAGUCACUCUCCGAGUACGUGAAGAAGUUCCACCUCAGUGGUGUCGCAUGGAAUAAGGACGGCAUCGACGCGAAGGAAGCCGCCCAGCAGAUCAAGAGCGGCUCGACGACUUCCGCCGCAAACAUCCCUCCCCCGCCUCCCCCGCCCCCAGCUGGAGGCAUUCCUCCACCUCCGGGUCCCCCGCCGCCACCAGGCCCACCCCCGCCAGGCGCUCUGCCUCCGCCGCCGUCAUCCAAGAAAUCGCCCGCGGACAUGGGCGCCGUAUUCGAUGAACUGAACAAGGGCGAGGCCGUCACAAAGGGCCUUAAGAAGGUGGACCCGAGCCAGAUGACACACAAGAACCCUUCGCUACGAGCUACCGCGCCCGUACGCAGCGACAGCAAUGGGUCACUGAGGAGUAAGAGCCCUGCGCCACCUGGCAAGAAGCCCAAGCCCGAAUCGAUGCGGACUAAGAAGCCGCCGAAGAAGGAGCUGGACGGCAACAAGUGGAUAAUAGACAACUUUGACAGCCCGGGCGACAUGAUCGAGAUUGAGGCCGAAAUCAACCACUCCAUCCUCAUCUCGCGAUGCAAGAACACAACCAUCCGCAUCAACGGCAAGGCAAAUGCCAUUUCCAUCGACAACUCGGAGAAGACGUCCAUCGUCAUCGAUUCCCUCGUCAGCUCGGUCGACGUCAUCAAGUGCCCCAAGUUCGCUCUCCAGGUCCUCGGCACGCUCCCAACGCUGCUGCUCGACCAAGUCGACGGCGCCAGCGUGUACCUGAGCAAGGACUCGCAAAACACCGAGAUCCUCUCCAGCAAAAGUUCGAGCGUCAACAUCAACCUGCCGACUGAUGAUGACUAUGUGGAGACGCCUGUACCGGAGCAGAUCCGGACGUACAUCAAGGACGGCAAGCUGAUUAGCGAGAUUGUGGAGCAUGCUGGAUAGUUUUUGGCAGGGCUUUUGUAAGAUGAAUGUAGGGCUUGCCGCUGGUUGUAUUGAAUCUUGAUCACGAUGCAUUGGGUGGAGUCUGACGUGCUGCGCUGUGGCAUUUGCGGCCGGCUAGCGGACUGGCUUUUGAAUGAAUGCAACUUGAUAUCUUUGAGUAUCUAGUCUAUAUUGCAGUACAAUAUUGGCUUCUCAUCUU